AUGCACCAGCGAGGGACCCUUCAGGGUCCCAAGAUAAAUCAGCACAAUGGAAAUUGGCUAGGAAAAACCAGGACCAAGGAGAAAUACCGAGUGGUUUAUUCGGAGCAUCAGAGACUGGAGCUGGAGAAGGAAUUCCAUUGCAACAGAUACAUCAGCAUUCGGAAGAAAACUGAGCUUGCAGCACAGUUGGGCCUUUCGGAGAGACAGGUGAAGAUCUGGUUCCAGAACCGCCGGGCCAAGGAGAGGAAGCUCCUCAAGAAGAAGAUCUCCGAGGCGCAGGGCACCGGGGGCAGCGCGGCCCACAGCGACGCGAGCUCCGUGAGCCCGGCCGACCCCCCGAAGCUCUACUUCCCGCCGCCCCCGCCCAUGGGGGAGUUCCAGCCAAUCGAUCUGCACCAAAUCCUGGUGUCCGAGUGA